UGACGGCAAUCGUCUUCGUCCUCUUAUGGUAAAACUCCACUCUCCCUCUCUCCCUCUCUCCCUCUACUGUAACUGAUAGGAUUCUCUAAAAAGCUUUUCAAUUUCUUUCUUUCCUCGCUGCCUAUCUGCUUCAUUUCCAUUUUCUAAGGCUAAGAAAUAAAGGGUCUAAAUCUUCUCCGUCUCUAAUGGCUGAUGCAGCCACUAAGCACCUGUCCUUCAAUGGAGGAAUAAUCGUUUCAGACCUAAAGAGUCUUUCUUUGCUUCUUAAAACUAGGAAAACUCUGGCUUUUGCUUAUGGGUUUGGUUUUGCUUUCGUUGCUUUCACUGUUUUCUUGGCCUUCGUCCCUUCUCCUAACUCAUCUUCUCCUUGGUUUACUAAUAUUUUCAGUUCUAGCUCUGUUACCAGUUCUUCUGAUUCUUACAGAUCUCAGUUUUCUUCCAUUUUCUCUUACUUCUUACCCAACAGCUCUUCUCCACGACUACAAGUUCAUGACAUCUCUACUUUGCCUGCCCAAAACAUCACCAGAUCUAACACUACUUUGUCUCAGCCUUCUGGUAGAAAUGGUGAAGUGAGAAACCAACCGACUGUGCAAAAUAAAACUCAAAACAAGGCUGAUUCUGUUCAUUCUUUGGUUUUGAAAGCAAAUCAGUCCGAUAAUGCUUCAAUUGUCAAUGAGCUACCAUCCACUGUUGAAAAUCACUCUCAAGGUAAAGAGAAUUCUAAUAAAGAUCAAGCCUUGAAGCCAAAUCAAACCACAAUUUCACCGCCAAUAAGGCCUCCACCAGCAAAUUCCCCUGUUUCUCCAGUGCCAGAAACUAAGGUUGCAAAUUCAUCCAUCAACUCAGUCCCUGCGGCACCGGCAAUUCACAACGGGAACGCAAACGCAUCCACGGCCUCUGCCUCUUCGGCGAACAAAGCAUCAAAUUUUACUGCUUCACUAUUGAAGAAAGAGAGUAAUGGAUUGAAACAGAAGAAUGGAACUAAUUCUGAGGCGCCAAUGAAGCAGGGGAUCGAGAGCUUGUUGAAUUGUGAUUUGUUUGAUGGUGAGUGGGUGAGGGAUGAUUCGUACCCGCUUUACAAACCUGGAUCUUGUUCACUGAUUGAUGAGCAAUUCAACUGUAUUCAUAACGGUAGACCAGACAAAGACUACCAGAAAUACAAAUGGAAACCCAAGGGCUGCAGUUUACCAAGGUUAAAUCCUGCAAAUAUGUUGGAUAUGCUGAGAGGAAAGAGACUUGUUUUUGUGGGCGAUUCCCUCAAUAGGAAUAUGUGGGAAUCUCUUGUUUGUAUUCUGAAAAGCUCAGUUAAAGAUCAAAGUAAGGUUUUUGAGGCCAAUGGGAGACACCAUUUUAGAGGCGAAGCUUCAUACUCCUUCAUUUUCAAGGAUUAUAACUGCACUGUAGAGUUCUUUGUAUCUCCAUUCUUAGUUCAAGAAUGGGAAAUGCCUGACAAGAACGGAACUAAGAAGGAGACUCUUCGGCUUGAUUUAGUAGGGAGGUCAUCUGACCUAUAUAAAAGAGCCGACAUUAUCAUCUUCAACACUGGACACUGGUGGACUCAUGAGAAAACUUCUAAAGGGAAAGAUUAUUACCAAGAAGGAAGCCAUGUAUAUGAUGAAUUGAAUGUGCUGGAGGCAUUUCGAAAAGCUUUAACAACAUGGGCUAGGUGGGUUGAUGCCAAUAUAAAUCCAACGAAAUCCGUUGUCUUCUUCAGAGGAUAUUCUGCUUCACAUUUCAGCGGUGGGCAAUGGAAUUCUGGUGGUGCAUGCGACAGUGAGGUUGAACCGAUCAAGGAUGCAACAUAUCUAAAUCCAUAUCCACCCAAGAUGUUGGUGCUGGAGAAAGUUCUAAGAGGGAUGAAGACUCAUGUCACAUAUCUAAAUGUCACACAAAUGACAGAUUAUCGAAAGGAUGGUCAUCCUUCUAUCUACAGGAAGCAGAAUUUAUCACCAGAAGAAAGGAGAUCACCACUCCUAUACCAAGACUGCAGCCAUUGGUGUCUUCCUGGCGUGCCCGACGUCUGGAAUGAGAUUCUUUACGCCGAGCUCUUAGUACGCAAGUACCAAAAGCAGCAAGUGCAGAAGAGACACAGGUAAAACAAAGAAACACAAGUUUUAGAUACUGUUGGUGAAAAAUGAAGCUGAGAUUACAAGCACGCGCAUAGUUUUCAAUUUUUUUUUUCUUUUUGUUAUUUUUGGCCCUUGUCAAUUUUGGGUUAUAUAUAGAAAGAAGAAACCAAAAUGGGGAAGAUUCAAGAAAUAGUGUGAGUCCCCAUCAACCAUGAGAGAGCAAGAAGCAAAGAGUAAAAUAAUGAAAUUUACUUGUGUAUUGCAUGUAUGGAAGAAGAGAAGAGAAGAGGAGGAAGAGAGUGGAGAGUGUUUAAUUAUUCUUUUGGAUGAAGAAGCCUCAAAUCAAGGCUUGUGAGUAUUGUAAAUCUCAAAUUAUUUAGUUUGAUUUUCUUGAAUAAAGUAGUGGGUUGUAAUUGAUUCUGGCUAAUCCGUGAACUAAAUAUAAAUUAAUCAUAUGAUUCUGUCGUUGAUUUUGUUGUCUUGA